AUGGCGUCGACGGCGCGCGUGCGGCGUCGCGCGAGCGUCAUCUUGACGAUGACGCUCGCGCUGAUGACUGUCCGCGCGGACGCGAAAUCGCAAAUCACGCGCACGCUGCGCAUGCGAACCGCGGACGCGCGCGCGCUGACGAGAGACACGUAUUUGUACGUCCCGAUUCGAGUCCCCGAAGGCGCGUGGCACGUGGUGAAGUACGAGCCGAGCGCGAAGCAGGAGAUCGUCCAUCACAUGCUCCUGUACGGGUGCCGAGACGCGGCGGCGAGCGGAUUGGAUAAGGUGGUCGGUGGGAUGUACAGCUCUGGUUCGCACGUCGCGACGUGCGGAGAUGGAACGUCGCAGGCGCUGUUGUACGGAUGGGGAAAGAACGCGCCGCCGAUGCACAUGCCUGAAGACGUCGGAUUUCGCGUCGGCGAAGGCGCGUUUCGAGUGUUGGUGCUGGAGGUGCACUAUUUGGAAAAGCAGAGCGCGGGCGCGGUGGGGAAGAGCGGGCUGGACGUCAUCUUGGCCAGUGGGCGGCCGAAGAUGAGCGCGUCGGUGUUGGCGUGGGCGAGUUAUUUCUCGUUGCAGCCGGGAAAGAAGGACGAGCUCGUAGCGGCGACGUGCGCGUACGAGCAAUCGCGAGAGCUCAAGGCGUUUGGGUUCCGCGUGCACACGCACGAUCGUGGGACGAUCGUGCGUUUAGAUAGACUAGUGGGUGGGGAUCCGGGUAAGCCCGUGCGCGUGCUCGAGCGCGAUCCGCAGUUACCGCAAGAGUUUGAGUUGCUGUCAGAAAAGGGGACGUCGUUGACGGUGUCAGCGGGCGACGCUUUGCGGGUGACGUGUAGUUUUGACACGACCAACGAGACCGCGGUCGUGAAUGCGGGAUUUGGGGCGUCGCACGAGAUGUGUAACAUGUACGUCAUGGUGUACAGCGAUGAGCCGCAAUAUCUGUCGUGCCUCGGAUCGAACGACGGCUCGAUGGGGAAAUUCGCGCUCGAAGUCGGCGACGCAAAGCAACCGAUCGAGGACAUGGAUGCGGUGCGCGCGCGCGUGGUGCCGUCGCGCGUGAAAUGGCCGGCACUCGGUGGGAUCGGUGGAAUUCAAGCAACGAGCGAUGGUGAGUACGUUUGGAUGACGAACCGCGGACCAAACGUGUGGGAAGCCGGCUCCUCGUUGAGCGAGGCAAAGACCAUCCAAGAGGACGCCAUAGUGCGCAUGAACCUGUUCACCGGGGCGAUCGAUAGAGCUUUUGGCGCAAACGCGCACGUGAUGCCCCACGGUAUACGCAUCGCUCCCGAUGGGUCUAUUUGGGUCACCGACACCGCGCUUCACCAAGUGUUUCAGUACUCGCCCGACUCUGGCGAGCGAGUGCGCGCUUUCGGACAAGCGGGCGUGAAACGUGGGGGCGGUGAGGGAUUCUGUGCCCCAGCGGACGUUUUAGUUUUAGAAGACGGUUCAUUCAUCGUCGCAGACGGAUAUGGACUGUGUCCGAACAGAAUCGCUCGCUUCGGCGCCGACGGCGCGUACGCGGGCGAUUUCGACCUCGGCUCCGCCGGCAAAGUGAGCGUGGCGCACCAGCUCGCGUACUCUCAAGUUCGUAGAGAAAUCGCCUUGGCCGACCGCGAAAACUCUCGAGUCAUUCUGUUCGACUACGCAGGUAAGUUCAAGCAGGCGGUCGAUUUGUCCGAGCAUGGAUUCGCGUACGGGUUAGCGUGGAUGGGGAGUUCUCUCGAAGGCUUAGGUGGAUACUACGCCUUGUGUUGGACCCGCGACGCGCCGAAUCCCAAAACAUCUCUCGUGCGCAUCUUCUGGACCGGCGACAAUGCGCCCGUGACGCACGUUUGGGACUUGAACGCCAUGGGCGUCAUUUUCAAAUCGCCGCACGUACUCGCCGCGCAGAGCAGCAAGAACGGCGGUACCGCGUCUUGGGGCGCGGGAUUGACUCUACACAUCGGCUCCACGACGUCGACGAUCGGCAAAAAUUACCAGCGCCUUUGGCUCGGGUUAAACGAGCCGCGCGCGCUCGAACCACCGUCGCGCUCGGCCUCCGCGGCGCGAGGCGUCGCGCCUCCGCGCCUCCGCGCGCCCGCCGUCCUCAUCGCCCAUCCCAUCGCCGCCAUCCUCUGCGCCGGUCUCGCCGUGAUCGCCCUCGCGCACGCCCGUCGUCACCGCGCUCCACCGGCGCCCUCCCGGCCGUGGCCGCGCGACGUGGAAUCCGUCGCGUUUCGAGACUUUGCCGCCGACGACGACUCCGACGACGACGACUCCGACGCGCCGCCGCGCGAUUCCGCCCCCAUCCCGCCCCACCGCCGCGGCUUAAAACUCGCAAAGGAUUAA